AUGGUGCUCUGUACAAACACAGUGUGUCCGAACCCACAGUGCGACUUCCAGAAGGGUGAACGGUUAAGAAUACCUGCCAACAAGUGCUGCCCCGAAUGUAUUUCCUCCCAGGGUUCAUGCCAGUCUGAAGGGGUCACAUAUGGGGAGGGGUCCGUGUGGCAGCCUUCUCCCUGUCAGCGGUGCCUCUGUUCUGGGCAGAGUGUGUCGUGUUCGCCCUUGUCCUGCCCCGCUCUCAACUGUCCCGCGGAUCACACAGAACACACCAUAGAGGGAGAAUGCUGUCCCCAGUGCGUGCGGAACGGAGGCUCGUGCCGCUGGGAGGACAGAGAGUACCGUGACGGAGAGCAGUUUGAGUCUGGCCUCUGCUCUCGAUGUGUUUGUUCAGAUGGAGAGAUACAGUGCUCUGUGGCGGAGUGUCCUUCUGUCUCCUGCAAAACGAAUGAAAACCUGGUGAUCCGCACGGGCCAAUGCUGUCCUGAGUGUGUGACUAACCCCUGCCUGUCUGCAGGAAAACAGUACCAGGUAUGUGCUCUCUUCCACCACACUCUACAUCUCUAA